GUGGGUUUUCGAAUUGAUAACCGGGAUACUGCUGGAUUUCAUGUUGGAUUUCAUGCCAGAGCAGCAUGGAAGCGCCCUGGCUUUUUCUCUCUCCAUGCGAACAGUGCCUGCCCAUCGAAACAGCAUAUCUCCGUUAAGGUUUCUGGUCCACUUCGGCCCAGCCUUUAGUCGCGCGUGCUUCUAUCGCAGUGAAGUGGGUCAGGGGGGCUCGGGAAGAGAGCAACAAACAGUCAACCACUACAUGUCUAAAUACUUCUUACCCGGAUGAUCAGGAAUUUCUCAGUGUGGUGGAGGUGUUAUCCUCUUGGUUUUGAUAUACUAGAUUACCUGGACUUGUAUAGGCAAAAUUGGAUUCAUCCCACACUGCCAUGGUCGAUAAGCCUACAGAUCGAGACCAUGUGCUAUGCAACCCAAGGCAACAAUAAGAUACUUGAACUGCCAUAAGUUUGCUGUCUCACAAUACCAAUAAGAUAACAUGGAGGACAUGAAUUGGAAUGUGU